UCAAAAAUAUCAAGAGUAUUGUUUGUUUGUUUUCAUUUUUUACUGCUCUGGGCUCACAGAGCUACUAGUUUAAUGUUUAUGUCUUGUGUAUAAGGAUUUUAGUUGAUUUUUCAUAACCUAAAAGAGUUUCAAAGACAUUUUUUUGAAACUACCAACACUCAUAUGUGUAUUCAAACACUCAUAUGUGUAUUCAAAGCGUCUUUCUAAAGAAUUUUCUUGUUCAGUUGUCUUUUUUAUUUUUUAUUGUAUUUGAUUUUUGUGGAACAUUUUAAAUGACAUUUUUUAACAUUUUCGAGGCAAGGGUUUAUGCAAAAUGGUUAACCUUAAGUUUUGAAUGUGUUUUUAUUUAUUUAUUUAUUUUACAUGUAACUUGUUAACCUUUUUGCCCGUAUUAAUCACGUUGUACUUUUUUGCAGUCAUGGUGUCAUGCGGUGCGACUUAUUUUUUAACUGUUAUUAAGCGUGUGUAUAUUAAGGAUUUUUUUUUGUUUAACGUUUUUGAAGUGCCAAUACGACGUUAUGUUCACUUUACUUAUUUUUCAAUUCAUACUGGUUUAUUUUUUCUCCAUCAUUCACCAUUUUAAUCAGUUUUUGUGAUGCAACAAUUUUAUUUGAUUCAUAUGUAUAUUGAGUUUUUUUUUUUUUUUUGGACCAUUUUUGAUUGCCUUUUGCCGUUUUUAGACAUUUUUUAUUGCUUUGUGUCUUUAUAUUACUAUUAAAUUAAUGUGUAAUAUUUUACUUGGUUUUUUUUUUGCCAUUGUGUUCUUUUGGCCGUAUUACUACUCUAAUCAGUUUUUUCAUUGACAAAUGUAGAAAAUUUAUAUUUAAAUCAUGUGUUUUGAGUUUUUGGAAUGAAUUUUGGAACUUUUUAAACUUUUUUUAAAUUUUCUUUUUAACUUUUUCUUGGGCUAAUUUAGAUGAUGUAUAAAUUGUUACUAUAUAUAACAUGCUAAAACAUCAUGUCCAAUCAGUUUUUCCAUCAGGUUGAAGGUCUGAAGAUCUUCAGAUGUUCAGUGCUCAAUAGAAACAUGGCGAUGAAGAGUUGGACGGCAGGUACACAGUGUGUCGCCAAAAAGCAGCACUGCAAACCCAAAGCUGGUGAAAUAGCGUAUCACAAAGGCGACAUCUUGAUGAUCAUUGGACCUGGGACGAGGAAUGGAGAAUACAGAGCCCGACAUAACACCACAGGGGAGGAAGGAAUUGUUUCAGGUUCGAAACUCAGAGAAAGGGAAGCCCUCCGUAUCGACCCCAAAUUGAGUCUGAUGCCAUGGUUUCACGGUAAAAUAUCUGGACCGCAAGCCGUCUGCAAACUCAAGCCCCUGGAGGACGGGCUGUUCUUGGUGCGGGAGUCGGUUCGGCAUCCCGGCGACUUCGUGCUGUGCCUCUGCUUCAGUCAGAAGGUCUUCCACUACAGAGUCAUCUUCAAAGACAGCAAGCUGAGCAUCGACAACAAGCAGUUCUUCUACAACCUCAUCGACAUGAUCGAGUUUUACAGAGUACAUCAAGGCGCCCUAGCUUCGCUCCUGCUGAAGCCCAAGAAGAUGGAAGGCACUAAAUCCGCCGAGACCAAGCUGUUGAAAUCCGGCUGGCUUCUAGAUCUGUCCAAGCUGAAGCUAGGAGAGAUCAUCGGAGAAGGAGAGUUCGGCGCCGUGUUCGAGGGUGAAUACGCCGGGCAGCGGGUGGCUGUUAAGAACAUCAAGUGUGACGUAACCGCUCAAGCCUUCCUGGAGGAGACGUCUGUCAUGACGAAUCUCCAUCAUAAGAAUCUGGUGCGGUUAUUGGGAGUGAUUCUUCACAACGGCCUGCACAUCGUCACAGAGCUCAUGGCCAAGGGGAAUCUGGUGAAUUUUCUUCGCACACGAGGACGCUUCGCCAUCAGUGUGACGCAGCUGCUGCGCUUUUCACUAGACGUUUGUGAAGGAAUGGAGCACCUGGAGUCGAAGAAACUCCUGCACCGAGAUCUCGCCGGACGCAACAUCCUCGUGUCUGAAGACAGCGUCGCCAAAAUCAGCGACUUCGGUCUGGCCCAAGUCAGUUCGACGGCUACCGACAACUCCAAGUUACCCGUCAAGUGGACGGCGCCCGAAGCCUUGAACAACAAGAAGUUCUCCACUCAGUCAGACGUUUGGAGCUACGGAGUCCUCCUCUGGGAGAUCUUCUCAUACGGCAGACAGCCGUAUCCCAAAAUGUCGGUGAGUGAGGUGCGGGAGCGAGUGGAUCAGGGUUACCGCAUGGAGCCUCCGGACGGAUGUCCUCCUGACGUCUACGGCAUCAUGACGUCCUGCUGGGAGACGGAGCCCAAGAGGAGACCGUCCUUCCACAAGCUCCGAGAGCGGCUGGAGAAAGAGCUCGGCACACACUGACCUCCGCAUGUGUCUAUAAUGUACAAUUAAUUUAUUAUUCAUCACACUCUGUAUUUAGGGGUUUUUGAGUGGAUCUUGAAAACACACCGAAGUGUUUCGCCUCAAGAUGGGGAAAGUCAGAUUAAACUAUUGCAUGAAGGUAAAGCCUGGUUUAGGACCUUAAUUUAAUUGUAUUUGUUGCAUUGUAUAACUUAUUAUAAGUGGUUCUCAUCUACUGAUUUAUUUUAUUGUUUUUAUUUUUAUUAAAAUGGUAUAAUAAAAAUCGAUAUAAACAAUACAGCAUGUAAUAACACGAAAUACCUUUUAUUUAAAAAAUUUUUGCAUUAAUUAUAAUGUGAAUUUGGUAGAAAAUGUGCUUAUUUGUCAUGGAAAAUAAUGUAAUGUUGCUCUCAAAUUUUUAGGGUUGUAAGAAAUAAAAUCUUUCUUAUUUUAUUGUUGUUUAUAAUAAUUUAAAAAAUUUAAUCAGUACAAAUUAAAACAAUAUAGUAUAUAAUACCAUGAUGAAAUACCUAUAACUUGGUAUAUAUUUAAUACUUAAAUGUUUUUUUGUGCUUAUUUGUUAUUGAAAUAAUGUCACACCUUUGACUACAGUCACAAUAUGCAUAAAUAAAAUCUAAAUUAAUUCUCAUUACUGAAGUGCAAAUAUUAUUUAAUAUCACUGUAUUCGGAAAUUAAAACAAGACACAAUGUGUCCAGACACAUUAUUAUUAUUAAUUUUUUUUUUUAUUAUUAAUUAGGCUUUAGUUUAUUUUAUUUCAGCCGUUUGUUUUGAUUUUGGGGUGGAAAUAUUCCUGACAGGUUUUUCCCAAAUGAUGAAAUUCAUUAUUGCACAUGCUUUAUUAUUAUUAUUAUUAUUAUUAUUAUUAUUAUUAUUAUUAUUAUUAUUAUUAGUAUGUGCUUCAGUCCUCUGUGAGGUUUUGUAAAAAACAGGCUUUCUGCUUAUGUUGUACAUGCAAUGAGAAAUGUAUUUAUUGUGACAACAGUAAUAAACCCAUCAGGAAAUGGA